AUUAUUUUUAUCGCAACAACUUAUACAGAGUCACCCAUGUACAUCAGGGUUCUUAAGUCCACCUACUUCUGCGAGCCGCAGACCAUCAGUGAUGUUUAAUGAAUAUGUUUUACUGCAUACGCCACCUGCCGAGCCGGUGACUGUAGAGAAAAACGUCUGUUCGUCAGAAAAAAUGACACAAGCAGGAGAUGGCAGCAUCUGGCAGGUGAACUUACCUCAAACGAUUGGUACGAUUGCGAAUCCUUAUGCUGAUUGUUCAGAAUUGGGUAUACAUGAUGCAAUGACUUGUCAAGAACUUUUGGCAUUUUCUGUGGCCUUUUCAGCAGCAUUGCCGACUGGACAGAGUACGCUCGAAUCGUUUUAUAAUUCAUUGGCACGUUGUGAUCCACACACUGCAGAAGCAUUCAAAAAUCAACAAAAUCUGGAAAAUACUGCGGUAGUACUACAUCAUCAGAAUUCAGUUAAGGAUCGUAAGAAACCUAUUGAGGCAACGAGUGCCAAUGGUGGUAACGGCAUCACUGCAACAACGAACAUAACUGGCAAUUAUAUGGAAGACUAUUCAUGUUGCUAUGAUUUGUAUCAAAAUGCUCUAUCCCCAUUGGAUGAUAGAAAACAACGCUCUAAGGUUAUGAAUUGCAUCAUAAGUUCUUAUCGUUGUGUUAUGAAUAUUUGCGGCAUCGGUAGACGAUAUAUCAAACGUCUGGUUGAACAUAAAUCCUUUCAGCAGGGCAUUUUAUUAGCCAUUUUGAUUAAUACACUAUCCAUGGGUAUUGAGUAUCAUAAUCAACCUGAAGAAUUAACUGUCAUUGUAGAGACAAGUAAUAUUGUCUUUUCUGGAAUUUUUGCUGUUGAAAUGUUGCUUAAAGUUGUUGCUGAGGGUCCAUUUCGUUAUAUAGCAAAUGGAUUCAAUGUGUUCGAUGGUGUAAUUGUGAUAUUAAGCGUCAUUGAAAUAUGUCAGCAAUUUCUGGGCAACGGCACCGGAGGCGGUGGUUCCGGUCUUUCGGUAUUGCGUACGUUUCGUUUGUUGCGCAUCUUGAAGCUUGUACGGUUCAUGCCCAAUUUACGUCGGCAAUUAUUCGUUAUGCUGCGGACCAUGGACAACGUUGCGGUGUUCUUUUCGCUGUUAGUGCUCUUUAUUUUCAUAUUCAGUAUACUCGGCAUGAAUCUAUUCGGAUGUAAAUUCUGCGAGAAAGUUAAUGGAGAGACGAUAUGCGAUCGUAAGAAUUUCGACAGCCUUCUAUGGGCGCUCGUCACUGUAUUUCAGCUAAGCUGUUAUUGA